CACUAGAAUACCCAGUUUCCUCUGCGUGUUCAUGCAGCACGUUACUUGGCCUGGAGUUGCACGCAUUGCUAGUUAAUGUGUUCUAUAUGUCUGUCAGUUAACCUUUGAAAUUCACCACAACAUGCUAAACCCAACUCAAAAUCUCCUGUAAACACCUUGUUUAUCUUCAAUACGGUACUGAAGCCAGACUUAGGUUUUGAAAUGCAGAGGCUUUUAAUACAAACUGUGCUCCAGCACAGCAACACCACACGUUCUGUAGUUUUGUGCAGUGCUUCACACCAGUUUUGUAAAAGCCCAGCUGCUGCUACUGGUUCAUUUGUUACUGCGUGUGCAAGAAUUCAUUCCUCCCUUUCACAAAGGGUGAACACGUCCACGUCCUGCAGAGUGACUGAACAAAGGAAGCCCAAUCUUCAAGAAGAGCCUCUGCCAUCUCAACAAGAGAAUCCUAAAAGCUCAGAAGCACAAGUAAAGCGUCCAGCAGGGAGUGACCCAAGGCAGAAUGUUUCAGUAGGGACUGCAGCAGCUCACACAGACACACAGGAGGAUAUUAUAGAGCCUGAUCCCCUUCAGGAUAAAUCCAUUGGACUUUACCAAAGGUUCAAGCGAACGUUUAAGCAGUAUGGAAAAGUGAUGAUACCAGUGCAUCUGGUAACUUCCACCAUGUGGUUUGGUUCCUUUUAUUAUGCAGCUAUGAAGGGUGUGAAUGUUGUACCAUUUUUGGAGUUCGUUGGACUACCUGAAAGUAUAGUAAACAUGCUGAAAAAGUCACAAAGUGGGUGUGCACUCACUGCUUAUGCGAUGUACAAGAUUGCCACUCCUGCGAGAUAUACAGUAACCCUAGGAGGAACAUCGUUUACAGUUAAAUACCUACGGAAACAUGGCUACUUGCCAACGCCACCCCCUGUCAGGGACUAUAUUCAGGACAAAAUGGAAGAAACAAGAGAACGAUUCACAGACAAAAUGGAAGAAACAAGAGAAAGAUUGUCAGAGAGAAUGGAAGAAACUAAAGACCGUUUCUCUGAGAGAAUGGAAGAAACUAAGGACAGGAUUACCGAAACCAAGGACAAAUUAUCAGGAAAGUUGCAAGAAACCAAAGACAAAGUGUCUUUCAGAAAGAAAAAGGAAUAAUUAUGUUGACUAAUGAAAUGCACUUGAUUGUCCAUGUAAUGCUGUAGGUCUGGUGAAUGUUGAUGUAUUUGUUAUGAACUGGAAAUUAAGAUGGUCAUGCUUUAUUUAAAGAGGCAAUCGUGAUAAUGAAUUGCACUAACAAAUAUUUUGAAUAUUCUAUCUGUUCAAUUCGAUAGUUAAAUGUGAUUCAUAUAUACAGUAGCACUAGAAAUAGUUAUAUUCAUAAGUUUAUUUUAGUAGUACUCUAUUGGCUGGUUUCAUAGACCCCUAAAGUAACAUUAAGUAGGUCAUAGUGCAAACAAGGGUCUGUGAAACCAUCUGUUAUAUGAGUUUCAGAAUUAACAGAAUAAAAAAAAAAAAAAAAAAAAAAAAAAACAUUUAAUAUGAAUCAAAGUGUGGUUUACCUGGGUAAGUAUAGCAGUGGCAUGAGUUCUUUGGUAAUGGUUAAUUCAUAUAAUAGCCUGUUUAAUAGAAGAGGGAAAUUAUAUAUCCCUUGGGGAUUAUCAGUUUAUACCAUUGCAUAGUGUUGCAGUUGAUGCAUUUUUAAAGACUUUACUUAUUACGGUUUAGCUAUUGUGAUAGCACCUUAAAAUAAAGCAUGACCAUGUAAUCGUGUUCAUUUAUCAAAAUCAAAUGUACUGCAGAUGUUUGCAAUCAUUUAUUUUCGGUCUAGAAAUCUGUCUUUUUAAAAUGCUAAACAUUGCUUUACAUUGUAUUACUUGCCUCUUUUAUUAGCUUCAUUAACAUUGUUACUGGUCACCCUUUUAAAACAUAAAGGGGUUCUUCAACAGAAAAGUGGACCAAUACUACUGUAAGUGUUGGUAAGAAUUGGGUUUGUUUUUUUUUUGUUUUUUUUUUAAAUCUUUGGUUAGCACUCCUUUGACCGUUGCAGUUAUUUCUCCUGAUGGUUUAAACAUUGCACCCUUUGGUGUUAAUAUUCAGGCUGCCAUAAUCAUUUUUGUAAUUUUGAUUAAGAAAAAGCACUCUGCCAUUUUAAUUACCUUGUUUCCUAUGCAUUUGUUUAGACAUACAUUUAUACUUUAAAUGAUAGGGUAUAUUACUUUAUAUUAUCUUACUAACACCACCACAGUUUGUUUGUUUUAAUCAAUCUCAUUUUAUCAAAUACACUUAAAUUUAAACCCACUGACUUAAAUAGUUGUCUUAAAUGUAAACUGUGUAAUUCAUUAUGAGUUACAGCAUGGAGAUGCAGUUGCUUUAUGAAGCUCAUAAAUGUUUUUAGGUGGGAAAGAUCAAGACCCGGGUAGAGGUGUGAAAAGGGGCUUGUGAAGAAAAAUGUGUUCAUUUUGAUCUAAUCUUUGCUUAUAAAACAUUUGUGUGUAUGAAGGAAUAUGAUUGUGUUUACCCAUUUUUCCACUGGAGCACUGCAAACAGUCUGCCUCUGUUUGUUGAUGUAACUGGAAAAGCAAAUCAGCCAGAGAUCCUUUCACAAACAGUUUACAGCAGGUUGUGUGUUUGUGAUAUUGUCUUUUACAUUAUCCUAACUUAUUUAUUUAAAGUAAAAACAUAAUCUAAUAAACUCUCCACAAGGAAGUACCCAAUGCAGUGUAUUUUGAUUAUCAAUGUCAUUCAAUGUCUACAGUUUUGAAAUGGUAGCCAUAUUAAUCCAAAGAUGAUACACAGAGAUGAUGUGAUACCUUUUGUUGGACUGACUGAACAAUAAUUAAUCGUAAGCUUUCAAUACCUCAAAGGUCUCUUCUUUCCUAUUUUCACCUGAAAAGAGAGCUUUUGAUUAAUUAUUGUUUAGUUAGUCCAGUUUAAGGUAUUUUAUCUCCUUCUCUUUGUCUAUACUGAAUAUUGUAAUCACAGGUGAGGUAUAUUCCUGUCUAAGCUUUUUUAUAUUUACCGUACAUGUUAUGAUUUACUAGUCCUUUUUAUUUUACAGUAUGAAAACAGGCUUUUCUUGUUUUUAAACAAUAUUCAUGUCUUGUCAAACAUUUCACAUACAAUUGGAAUCUAUUGCAAACAAGUAUAAAAUAACUAGUGCCACAAUUUACAUCAAUACCUUGAAGUAAAUUUGGUAGAUGCUGCAUUAUGUAAUAAAAUUGUGGAUUAGAUAUUUUAAAUAUUUACAUGUAAAGAUGUCAAUAUUUUACAUGGCAUUUAAGCACACGUUACUGUCAACUUUAAUGGAGCUUUUGAGAAACCCGUACCAUAGGGUUCUGCAAAAGGAAUGCUUUAUUGUACCCGCUAAUGAAGACAAAAGAAGUAUAUUUCUUAGAAGAAAAAAAAGGCAAAUUCACCAAUGUUUGCCCACAUUUUUUACUAGUUUAUUGUUAGUAUUUAAGUAUCUUACAAUGGAGAGUUUAAUAUACUUGAAACGUCUUUUUUUUGUACAAUGUACAAUGAUAAUCAAUCUGGUUAUAAUGGAAACUAUGAGAAAUUAUCUUGAUUAAUUUCAAUAGGGUGUACAGUAAGUAAAAAGGUAAGCAGAAAUGCUCCAGUGGGAAACAAAGCAAAACAUUAAGACUUGAUUUUCCUGCAUACACAAGUGAUGCACACUACACUGAACACAAUCUUAAAUACUUGCGGGGAAUUAUUUCAACAGUUAGUAGUAGUUAUCUAAAAUAGGAUAAUGGUGUGUGUUUUUUUUUUUUUUUUUUUUUUUUUUAAUUGUUCUGGAAACUAAUUAAACUUCAAAUUAAGUCAAUUAGUACUAUAAACAAAAUGUAUGUUUAAUCAUAAACUAAAUCUGCAUUUACCUGUGGUUUAUAUAAUAUCAUUUUAUCUCAAGUUUUAGCUUCUGUGUCAUUUAUUUUCUGAUGUUUAAUUUUUGUGCCUUCAGAGUAGAGACCCUUGUUAUGUAAUCACUUCAUAAAUGUAUCUGUGAAUCUUAUAUUGUUGGUUAAAGAUACCCAAGCACUGAUCCAAAUAAAUAUCCAGCACAAA